CAGUCAGGCUGAGCGCGGCGCGGAGCCUGGAGACACUGUACCGGAGACAAAGUACCGGCGCUGAUCCCGCGGACACCUCACCGGCUCUCUCGGUCACUUUUCGGACGUUUCAGUGUGUGUCUCGGGGCGUGGACGCCGGGAGCUCGAAGCUCGGUGGAUAACCGGACUGUUUUUUUUUUUGUUUUUUUUUGGAGAAUAACUGAUGUUGCAUCUUCACAUGAGCUCAUAAGAUCACUGCCCCUCACAAGGUUGGGGCACUGACCCAGCUGUAGAGAGAUCCUGACCAGACGAAAACAUCCAGAUGAAGAUGGAGUCAUUUAUCCUCCAGAGGGCUAUCCUCAUCUUCCUCAUACUCUCCUCUGUCCAGUGUGCAGAGAGUCAGCCCCAGAGUGCAGUGUUCGUGCCAGAGUUCGCCCUCUCACCUCAGGGCAGCUUCAUGGAGGAUGCCACAGAGGAUCAGUUUCUAACCUACAGAUACGACGACCAGGCGUCCAGGAUGACCCGCUCAGAUGAAGACAGGGACAUCGGAUGGGACGCCUGGGGCGCCUGGAGUGACUGCUCUCGAACCUGUGGGGGAGGAGCUUCAUACUCUCUACGCCGCUGUCUCAAUGGAGGAAGCUGUGAUGGUAAAAACAUCCGCUACAGAACCUGCAGCAACAAGGACUGCCCAGCAGAGUCAGGUGAUUUCCGGGCCCAGCAGUGUUCAGCUCACAAUGACAUCAAGUAUCAGGGUGUCACCUAUGAGUGGGUCCCAGUGCCUUAUGACCCAUCAGCACCCUGCGCACUGCGGUGCCAGGCUAAAGGGAGAAGUCUCACUGUUGAAUUGGCCCCCAAAGUGCUGGAUGGGACACGAUGCCGGGCAGAUGCCUUUGACAUGUGCAUCAGUGGAAUGUGUCAGGAGGUUGGCUGUGAUCGGCAGCUAGCGAGCGGUGCCAGGGAGGAUAACUGCGGAGUCUGUGGUGGCGAUGGUUCCACGUGCCGACUAGUACGAGGGCAGGCCCUGCCCCACCUUACACCGGAACAAUCUCUGAAGAUGGUGGUGGAGGUGCCGGUGGGAAGCCGCUUCCUCAGACUCAAUGCCAAAGGACCUGAUAUGAUCAUUAUCGAAGCCGUCUCUCUUCAGGGGUGGAGGGAGGAGACCAGUCUGCUAUCUACAGGCUCCUACAUGAUAGGAAACACCUCGCUGGACUUCCAAAGAGGGACGGAUAGGCAGACACUAAAGACACAUGGCCCACUCAACGCUGAUUACAAUAUCAAGAUGAAGUACGGAGGCCCCAAGGACACAGUUGUCCAGUUUCUCUUCUACCAGCCCAUUAGGUACCAGUGGAGAGAGACUGACUUCUUCCCCUGCUCAGUCACCUGUGGAGGAGGAUAUCAGCUAAACUCAGCAGAGUGCACAGAUAUUCGAUCCAACCAGACCUUCCCUGAGCACCAUUGUGACAGCUAUCCUGAAAACACCAAACCAACACCAAAACUCAAGGAGUGCAACAUGGACCCGUGCCCAGAGAGUGAUGGAUUCAAGGAGGUGAUGCCGUAUGAUCACUUUCAACCUCUGCCUCGAUGGGAGCAGGGCCCCUGGACGCAGUGCUCAGUGUCCUGCGGUGAAGGUGGCGGCUGGCAGGACCGCAGUGUGCUGUGUGUGGAGGAGGACACCCAUGGACAGUUUUCCCAGGUGGAGGAGUGGAAGUGCACCCACUCUCCUCGACCUGUCACCCGACAGAUCUGCAACACCUUCGCCUGUCCUCAGUGGGUGGCCAUGGAGUGGUCCCAGUGCACAGUGACAUGCGGUCGUGGGCUGCGUUACCGGGUGGUUCUGUGCAUUGACCAUCGUGGACAGCACAUUGGAGGCUGUGAGGCGUCACUCAAACCUCACAUUAAAGAAGACUGUCUGGUCCCUAUCGCCUGCCACAAGCCCCAAGAAUCUCUUCCAGUGGAGGCCAAGGUGCCGUGGUUAAAACAAGCCCACGAACUUGAGGAGCACCAAACUGCUACAGAGGACCCCACUCUGCCAUACAGUCUGGAUUGAACGCCGCAACCGGCUCUGGGUCGGCUUGGAAAGGCUCGGAGGUGAAGGUGGACAGCGCCCGCCCGCCCAGACCUCGCCGCUUCCCAGGGGCCGUGGACUUAGUGCUCACUGCGCCCUCUCUGGGGCUUUCCCCCCGGGGACAGGGCCCCCUCGCCCCCGGCACGGCUGUCAAAUCGCAACUUAUCACAACUUUCACUCCCUCCUGCAACAAAAUCGCAACAAAAAUGUAAA